AUGGAUUAUGGGAAGUUGACUAAUGCUACACGAAAAGAUCACUUCCCUUUCCUAUUCAUUGAUCAAAUGCUUGACACGUUAGCCGGACAGGAAUACUAUUGUUUCCUUGACGGCUAUUUAGGGUAUAAUCAGAUUGCUAUUGCCCCUGAAGAUCAAGAAAAGACCACUUUUACAUGCCCUUAUGGAAUUUAUGCCUUUAAGAGAAUGCCAUUCGGGUAUAUGCUGGGGCACAAGGUGUCCAAAGAAGGACUGGAAGUUGACAAAGCUAAGGUGGAAGCAAAUGAAAAGUUUCCACCACCAAUCUCAGUGAAAGGAUUUAGGAGUUUUCUGAGACAUGCAGAGAAGGAUUUGCCGUUCAAGUUUGACGAUGCUUGUCUGAAAGCAUUCGAGGAGCUGAAAAAGAAGUUAGUGAGUGCACUAACCAUAGUGGCUCCUGACUGGAACAAACCAUUUGAGCAGAUGUGCGGCGCUAGUGAUGGUGCAAUUGGGGCCUGUGGGCGUUCGAUAAAUAUUGGGCCUAUUUGGUUGGCAGCAAAGUCAUCGUCUACACAGACCAUGCAGCCAUCAGGAACAGAGAAUCAAGUGGCUGAUCACUUGUCCAGGUUAGAAACUCGAAAUCAUGUAGUUGAGGUAGAUGUCAUCAAGGAAACCUUCCCAGAUGAGCAAUUGUUGGCCGUUACUACUAGGGAGGUGCCAUGGUAUGCAUAUUUUGUAAACUAUCUAGCAAGUGGAGAAAUGCCGCCUGAUCUUGAACCUCAUGUUAAAAAGAAGUUCUUGCGAGAUGUGAGGUCAUAUGUGCGGGAUGAGCCAUUUCUGUUCAAAUCUUGUAUUAAUCAAUUAAUGAGAAGAUGUGUUCCCGAAUCUAAAAUAAAUGCUAUCUUACAUGACUGUCAUGCAUCGCCUUAUGGUGGUCAUCAUGCGGGUGACAAAACGGCAGCAAAGGUUUUGCAAUCAGGUUUCUAUUGGCCUAGCUUGUUCAAAGAUGCCCAUGAGUUUGUAAGGAGGUGUGAUAAAUGCCAGAGAACAGGAACAAAUACGAAAGGCAUGAGAUGCCAUUGCAUGUGGGUGGAGGCCAUUGCUCUUCCUACCAAUGAUGCCAAGGUGGUGGUCAAAUUUGUGAAAAAGCAUAUCUUUACAAGGGUCAGACAUAAGGUUACAACCGCUUACCAUCCUCGGACUAGUGGACAAGUUGAAGUGUCAAAUAGAGAGAUAAAGCAGAUUCUGGAGAAGACGGUUAGUGCAAGUAGGAAAGAUUUAGCUGCAAAGCUUGAUGAUUCUCUAUGGGCAUACCGGACCGCCUACAAAACUCUAAUCUGA